CAAGGUUGAACCCCGAUGACCCGUGCUUCCUGCUAUUUUUCUUCGCAUGAAUGGGAGAUCAAGUGCUUGGCAAAAAGCGGCAGUGAAAUUGACCAAGUGUCGAGUCAUUGGCCUCGGGCUGUACUAACACUUAAUUCAUACCUUCACCAUCACAGGCAUGGUGUCGACGUUGGACGUAGAGGCGAAGUACGAGUUGAUCACGCGGAGGCUCCAAGAAGUUCUAGGCGGUGACUCGAUCAAGGCCAUUCUCGCAGAAGGUCGACCACCAAAGGCUUACUGGGGUACCGCACCAACUGGAAGACCACACAUCGGCUACUUCGUCGCAUUAACCAAAAUCGCUGAUUUCUUGAGAGCUGGCGUGGAGGUCAAGAUCUUACUUGCUGAUGUACACGCUUUCCUCGACAACCUAAAGGCUCCUUUAGAGCUUGUCGCCCACCGGACAAAAUACUACGAAUUUAUCCUCCGCACCGUCUUCACCUCAUUAGGGAUACCCACAUCAAAACUAAUAUUUGUUCAAGGCUCAGAUUACCAGCUUACUCGAGAAUACAACCUCGACAACUAUAGGUUAUGCGCAACCGUGACAGAGCAUGAUGCGAAGAAGGCAGGCGCAGAGGUCGUAAAACAAGUCGAGAGUCCUCUUCUCAGCGGCUUGCUUUACCCUGGCUUGCAGGCUCUUGAUGAGCAGUACCUCGGUGUUGACUUCCAGUUUGGUGGGGUCGAUCAGCGUAAAAUUUUCACGUUCGCAGAACUCUAUCUUCCUCGAUUAGGCUAUGCCAAACGCGCCCACCUCAUGAACCCCAUGGUUCCAGGUCUCAUGGGGGGUAAGAUGUCAUCUUCGGACCCAGAUUCGAAGAUAGACUUCCUUGACCCUCCCGAAGCUGUUAAGCGCAAGAUCAAGAAAGCUUUCUGCGAGGAGGGCAAUAUCACAGAGAAUGGACUUCUCGCGUUCACCAAAGCUGUACUGAUACCGAUCAGUCAGCUUCGCAUCGAGCGGCGGAAGGGUGAGACAGGUGUUGAUAGUGAAGAAGGUCAGGGUGCGAUUGGCGACCAAAACCCAUUUAUAGACGAUGAUGCACCGGAGGGGACUGUGUUUACCAUCAGACGAGAGGGGAAAAUCGGUGGUCCCCCAAGUCAUUACAAGGACUCCCAGGAGCUAGAGGAUGAUUUCUCAGCGAAGAAGAUUCACCCUGGUGAUCUCAAGACAGCUGUUAACAAGGCGAUUGAUAGCUUGUUGGCGCCGAUUCGGAAAGCCUUUGCUGAGUCUCCAGAGUGGCAACAAAUAGAGAAAUUGGCGUACCCAGAUCCAAAUGCAAAAGCGGAACCUAAGAAGAAAAAGGAAAAGGUGUACCAUCCGCCUCCACCAGGGAAAGGCAAGAAUGCCCAGGUAAACAAAGUAUCUACCGAAACGAGUGAACCGCCUCCCACUAUCGGCGAAAACACUCAACCGGGCGCUACUGGCGAGCUCUAGGAUGAUUUUGAUUAGCUAUAAAGUGAGAAGUACGACGCAUGGAAUGUAUGAUUGACAUGGAUAUGCACGAAGUAAAAAGAGUGAUUAGAUGCGGGAACAAGUAGGUUAUGGGUAAGAUGCAUUGUUUGGUAUAGCGAAAUGAAGGUAGAGGCAGCAGAUCAAGAACCUCGUUGGCGGUCUUUUUCUCGACUGCUCUUUGUGUCGAUCCUCACGUAUUCGCUCUCGUCUGCGUUUCCGUCUGCGUCCUUUUUGACGCCCACGUAUGAUUCUCCAAGAAUUUGCAUCGCAACAGCCCGCAACUGAGCUUUAGGGCGUGAUACUGUUGGGUCUUCGAGGACGCGGUCACAAGUUUCGCGCAAUACAGACUCAAUUUCAAGUUUCGUCCCCUGUCAGUGUCGUCAGACGUGUCA